AGUCGACCACGCAUGAGCCAUCCAUCGCCUCUAAAAAAAAUCUCUAACUCCGUUCCUCUCUCUCACUCUCGCGUGCGCUAAUUUAACUACAACCCAGAGAGGAACCCACGAGUCUGCGAUUGCCACUGAAGUGUUUUGAGGCAAUUUCUGCUAACCCUUUUGAUUCUCUGAUUCGAGGAAGAAGAAGAAGAAGAAAUGGCAUGUGCAUCACAGGCAAUGAUACCAGCAAACACAUGCACAUUCACAUCCCCGCGGCUCUUCAAGAAUUGCCGAUCCUUAAAUAGGCAAAAUUUGAAGCUUUUUACAGUUAGAGUUUCAUCUGAUGAUGCUGAUUGCAACGAUGAAGAAUGUGCUCCUGAUAAGGAGGUUGGCAAGGUGAGUGUGGAAUGGCUGGCUGGGGAGAAAACCAGAGUGGUUGGAACAUUCCCACCACGAACUCGUGGUUGGACUGGAUAUGUUGAGAAGGAUACUGCAGGGCAGACAAAUAUUUACUCUGUUGAGCCAACGGUAUACAUAGCAAAAAGUGCAAUAAGCUCAGGAACUGCAGGUACUUCUGCCGAUGGAGCUGAAAACACAAAAGCAAUUUCUGCUGGCCUUGCCCUGAUUUCUGUGGCUGCAGCUUCAUCAAUUCUCAUCCAAGUUGGUAAGGCACCAACUGCGAUGCAAACAGUUGAAUACUCUGGACCAUCUCUCAGUUACUAUAUCAACAAGUUCAAACCACCAGAAAUAGUCCAGGCUGCAAUGCCAAGCCAAGCUGAAUCCUCCCCAUUAGUACAACCAGAAAACUCUGCAUCAGAAGCUCCCCAGAUACUGGUUCAAUCUCCUUCCACCUCAAUUGGAAAUUAAUGAUGGUGAUGGUGGUGGUAGUGGUAGUGGUGGUCAGUAUUUCAGAUUCAGAUUGCUGUCUUUACUGGCUCCCUUCUCAUCUCUUGGCUUUCACUAAACAAAAGGAAAAUAACCAUCCCUUUCUUGUUUACUUCUUCUUCUUCUUCCUUUCUUUGCCCAUUUUGAGAAAGAAAGAAAGAGAAUGACACUGCUAAGUGGCAAUUAAAACCUAAAAAGUUUGAUUUUGAAUAUUUUAUUAUUAUGGAAGUUAAGGGAAAUAAAUAUUUAAGUAGUAAA